AUUCUCACACCUUUAUCCUUGUCUCUCGACAUCAACACCACCAUUUCCAUCCCAUCGUCCCUCGACCCUCCCUCCUCAUCAGCCACAUCAACCUGCUCCAUCUGCCUGGCCUCUUUACCUCCUCCGCCCACGACCCUCCUCCUCAGCUUUCCAUGCCGCCGUCACAAAAUCCACCGCACCUGCGCCCUAUCCUACAUACGACAUUGCCUGGCCACGCGGCUUGUCCCUGUUCCAUGUCCCGCCUUUCCCUUUGACGGCUACUGCAUGACCGAUGCACAGGUGUACGGUUGUUUGUCAAAAGAGGAGGAACAGCGGCAGUACGACCGGGUUAAGGAGGAAAAACGGGUGGCCUCGACCCCAGGCUUGGCCUUUUGCCCCACCCCCGGAUGUGGCACAGUGCUGGAGGUGGGGGAGGAGGGCGAGGAGGAGGAAGGGAAAGAGGGAGGGGGACGGGAGGAGGAGGAGGAAGGGAGGAGGGACGUGGAUGGGGAGGUAGCUGAGGAGGGAGGGAUCCCUUUUCUCUCCCAUCCUCCUCCAUCUAUU